CGCUGGCUCAGCGAGUGAUAAAUACGUCCGGCCGGUGUGUCCGUGUGUGCACAAGCAUAGCUGCAGAUCGAGUGUAGUAGCCAGAUCAACACAGAGCUGCCAAGGAUCCAUGGCGUCGUUGCAGGUCGGCGCCGGCGGUGGCGUGGGGUUCUGCUUCGGCCCAUUGGACGGAGGCCGGCGGAGGGCGAGGAGGGCAGUGCUGCGGCCGCCGAGGGCGUCGGCGACGGUGGCGGAGGAUCAGGAGAAGGUGAGGCUGGGCGAGUCUAGCGUGGCGGUGAGCAAGCUCGGCAUCGGCGCAUGGUCGUGGGGCGACACCACUUACUGGAACGACUCCGAGUGGGACGACAGGAGACUGAAGGAGGCUAAAGCAGCGUUCGACGCCAGCGUCGACAGCGGGAUGACCUUCUUCGACACCGCUGAAGUAUACGGCACGGCGCUCAUGGGAGCAGUGAAUUCAGAAAGUCUACUGGGAGAUUUCAUCAGAGAGAGGAAGAAGCAGGGGGCAGUGGACGUGACGGUGGCGACCAAGUUCGCGGCGCUACCGUGGAGGUUCGGCCGCGGCAGCGUCCUCUCCGCGCUCAAGAAGUCGCUGGAACGCCUGGGCCUCCCCUCCGUCGAGCUCUACCAGCUCCACUGGCCGGGGCUAUGGGGAAACGAAGGGUACCUUGAUGGCCUUGCUGACGCGUACGACCAAGGUCUCGUCAAGGCUGUCGGAGUCUCCAACUACAAUGAGAAACGGCUCCGAGACGCGCACGCGCGGCUGAAGAAGAGGGGCGUCCCGCUCGCCGUCAACCAGGUGAACUACAGCCUCAUCUACAGGACGCCCGAGGAGAACGGCGUCAAGGCCGCCUGCGACGAGCUCGGCGUCACCCUCAUCGCCUAUUCUCCAAUCGCCCAAGGUGUUCUGUCAGGGAAAUACACUCCGGAGAACCCGCCUACGGGUCCUCGAGGAAAUACAUACACUCCCGAGUUUCUCACCAAGCUCCAACCACUCAUGAACAGAAUCAAAGAGAUUGGAGUGAGCUACGGCAAGAACCCAACUCAGGUGUCUCUGAACUGGCUGACCUGCCAGGGCAAUGUGGUGCCGAUCCCAGGGGCGAAGAACGCCGGGCAGGCCAUGGAGUUCGCCGGCGCGCUCGGGUGGAGCCUCACCGCCGACGAGGUCGAGGAGCUGCGGACCCUCGCGCGCGAGAUCAAAGGCAUCAAGAUGCCCAUCGAGGAGUCGUGAUGGAUCAUCACUCUGAACUGUACCACGUGUCAUUGUGCAUCGCAUGAUUGAUCAUCCCAACCCAUGUAGUAGAAGUAGAUGUAGAAAUAAACAAACCGGGCAAGUUUCAGCCGGUGCCAGCCAGUUUUCUGUUAAAUUGACAUUGUUGUCAAAAUGACUGAUUUGUGUGUACUAUAGUUCUAUGGUUUUGCUAAUUCUGAAUCAUGUAAGAUUUACGUA